AUGACCAGCUUCGCCGUGCAAUUCGCACGUCAACAGAGACAUGCCUUUCAGGCUGCCUCCAAAUUCUCCUCUUCCGCUGCUGCCUCGACUUCUAACAUCGUCGCUGGCUCCGCUUCCGCUUCCUCUUAUGCUUCCACACCCACAGCCUCAAGAGCCUUCUCCACGGCCCGCAACAACCUUACCCGCUCUGCCCAGCUCGCACGAUCGCACCUCACAAGACACAUCUCCACAAACCAGCCCAAGGAGCAAGCUGCUGCCCAACCCGCUGCUGGUGUCCGACCCGAACCAAGCCCUGCUUUCCAGCAAUCCCCUCAAAACAUCGCUCCUCUCUCAUCCCGCUACGAUGCAAAUGCACUCGAUGAGUCGUUCGUCGGCAUGUCCGGUGGUGCCAUCUUCCACGAGAUGAUGCUUAGGCACGAUGUCAGGCAUGUGUUCGGUUACCCUGGUGGAGCUAUCCUUCCCGUGUUCGAUGCUAUCUACAACUCGAAGCACUUUGACUUUGUGCUGCCGAGGAGAGAAGAUGGUGCGGGACAUAUGGCUGAAGGUUAUGCUCGUGUGACGGGUAAGCCUGGUGUCAUUCUUGUUACUUCCGGUCCUGGUGCCACCAACGUGAUUACGCCGAUGCAGGAUGCCAUGAGCGACGGUACGCCGCUUGUUGUGUUCUGUGGUCAGGUGGCCACUUCGGCUAUCGGUUCCGAUGCCUUCCAGGAGGCUGAUGUCGUUGGUAUCUCGAGAUCGUGCACCAAGUGGAAUGUCAUGGUGAAGGACAUCGCCGAACUUCCUCGUCGUAUUAACGAGGCUUUCAAGAUUGCUACUUCUGGUCGACCUGGUCCUGUUCUUGUUGAUCUGCCAAAGGAUGUUACAGCGGGUAUCCUCCGUCAGGCUAUUCCUUACAGCCAGACCCAGCCGAACAUGAUCACCAACCUCCCCUCUCGUCAAGUCGCACGCAACCGUCGAGGUGCUACUUUCCAGCAGAACUCUCAAAUCCGUUCCUCCGAACAAGACGUUCUCACUCAUCAACUCAAACAAGCCGCUCGUCUCAUCAAGAUCGCUAAACGACCCAUCAUCUAUGCUGGUCAAGGUAUUCUUUCUUCCCCCGAUGGACCUAAGCUUCUUGCCAAGUUGGCUAAGGAACACAACAUUCCUGUCACCACCACUCUUCAAGGUCUUGGUGCAUUCGAUGAGCUCGAUCCUCUCUCGCUGCAUAUGUUGGGUAUGCACGGUUCGGCGUAUGCGAACUUGGCAAUGCAGGAUGCGGAUUUGAUCAUUGCCCUUGGUGCACGAUUCGAUGAUCGUGUGACCGGUCGUGUUGACAAGUUUGCUCCUCACGCUAGGGCUGCUGCGCUGGAGAACAGGGGUGGCAUCAUUCAUUUUGAAGUGAUGCCCAAGAACAUCAACAAGGUCGUUCAGGCUACUUGUGCUAUCGAAGGUGAUGUUGUUGCCAACCUUGGUAAGCUGAUGCCUUACCUUGAGAGCAAGGCGCCUGAUCGUAACGAGUGGCACGAGCUGAUUAAGAGCUGGAAAGAGGCAUACCCUUUCACCUACGAGCCAUCCAAAGAGGGCGAGCUGAUGAAGCCCCAGGAGGUGAUCGAAGCACUCGACGCCGCCGUUGCCGAUCAGAAGGACAACGUGAUCAUCUCCACCGGUGUAGGGCAGCAUCAGAUGUGGGCCGCUCAACACUACCGUUGGCGUUACCCCCGAACCUGGGUCUCUUCCGGCGGUCUAGGUACCAUGGGUUUCGGUCUUCCCUCCUGUAUCGGAGCCAAAGUUGCCGCACCAGAAAAGAUCGUCGUUGACAUUGACGGUGACGCAUCCUUCAGCAUGACCGCUAUGGAACUUGCUACUGCCGCACAGUACAAUAUUGGAGUCAAAGUCCUCGUCCUCAACAACGAGUUCCAAGGAAUGGUCGUCCAAUGGCAAGAUCUUUUCUACGAAAAGCGCUACUCCCAUACCGAGAUGCACAACCCUAACUUUGUCAAGCUUGCAGAAAGUAUGGGUGUAAAGGCGAUCAGGUGUGAUAACUUCAAAGACCUUCCAGCAAAGAUGAAGGAAUUCAUCGAAUACGAUAACAACAAGCCCAUCUUGUUCGAAGCGAGGAUCACCAAGAAUGAGCACGUGUAUCCUUUCUGCCCUGCAAGUGCGGGAUUGCAUGAACUGAUCGUUCAUCCCAGUUUGAAGCCUAUUCCUAAGAAGAACUAG